AUUGUGACGCGCCGCCGGAGGCAGGCCGGGCCCUCAAGAUGGCGGCGGGCGCCCAGAGCGGCUCGGCCCGGCAGUAGUAGUGCGACGGCACUAGCCGCUGGGGCCGGCCGCCCCGGGAGUGGCUGCAGCAGCGCCAGGAAUCGAGGAUGGUAAAAUGACCCAGGGGAAGAAGAAGAAACGGGCCGCGAACCGCAGUAUCAUGCUGGCCAAGAAGAUCAUCAUUAAGGACGGAGGCACGCCUCAAGGAAUUGGUUCUCCUAGUGUUUAUCAUGCGGUUAUCGUCAUCUUUUUGGAGUUUUUUGCUUGGGGACUAUUGACAGCACCCACCUUGGUGGUAUUACAUGAAACCUUCCCUAAACAUACAUUUCUGAUGAACGGCUUAAUUCAAGGAGUAAAGGGUUUGUUGUCAUUCCUUAGUGCCCCGCUUAUUGGUGCUCUUUCUGAUGUUUGGGGCCGAAAAUCCUUCUUGCUGCUAACAGUAUUUUUCACAUGUGCCCCAAUUCCAUUAAUGAAGAUCAGCCCAUGGUGGUACUUCGCUGUUAUCUCUGUUUCUGGGGUUUUUGCAGUGACUUUUUCUGUGGUAUUUGCAUACGUAGCAGAUAUAACUCAAGAGCAUGAAAGAAGUAUGGCUUAUGGACUGGUUUCAGCAACAUUUGCUGCAAGUUUAGUCACCAGUCCUGCAAUUGGAGCUUAUCUUGGACGAGUAUAUGGGGACAGCUUGGUGGUGGUCUUAGCUACGGCAAUCGCUUUGCUAGAUAUUUGUUUUAUCCUUGUUGCUGUGCCAGAGUCGUUGCCUGAGAAGAUGCGGCCAGCAUCCUGGGGAGCACCCAUUUCCUGGGAACAAGCUGACCCUUUUGCGUCCUUAAAAAAAGUCGGCCAAGAUUCCAUAGUGCUGCUUAUCUGCAUCACGGUGUUUCUCUCCUACCUACCGGAGGCAGGCCAAUAUUCCAGCUUUUUUCUAUACCUCAGACAGAUAAUGAAAUUUUCACCAGAAAGUGUUGCAGCGUUUAUAGCAGUCCUUGGCAUUCUUUCCAUUAUUGCACAGACCAUAGUCUUGAGUUUACUUAUGAGGUCAAUUGGAAAUAAGAACACCAUUUUAUUGGGUCUAGGAUUUCAAAUAUUACAGCUGGCAUGGUAUGGCUUUGGUUCAGAGCCUUGGAUGAUGUGGGCUGCUGGGGCAGUAGCAGCCAUGUCUAGCAUCACCUUUCCUGCCGUCAGUGCACUUGUUUCGCGAACUGCUGAUGCUGAUCAACAGGGUGUCGUUCAAGGAAUGAUAACAGGAAUUCGAGGAUUAUGCAAUGGUCUGGGACCGGCCCUCUAUGGAUUCAUUUUCUACAUAUUCCAUGUGGAACUUAAAGAACUGCCAAUAACAGGGACAGACUUGGGAACAAACACAAGCCCUCAGCACCACUUUGAACAGAAUUCCAUCAUCCCUGGCCCUCCCUUCCUAUUUGGAGCCUGUUCAGUGCUGCUGGCUCUGCUUGUUGCCUUGUUUAUUCCGGAACAUACCAAUUUAAGCUUAAGGUCCAGCAGUUGGAGAAAGCACUGUGGCAGUCACAGCCAUCCUCAUAGUACACAAGCGCCAGGAGAGGCCAAAGAACCUUUACUCCAGGACACAAAUGUGUGACGACUGAAAUCAGGAAGAUUUUUCUAUCAGCACCCAGGUCUUAGUUUUCACCUCUAGUUCUGGAUAUACAUUCCAUUUCCAUCCACAGUGUACUUUAAGAUUGUCUUAAGAACUGUAUCUGCAUGAACUCCGUGGGAACUAAAGGAAGUGGGAACUCAAAGAACCGGACAGUUUUCCAAAGAUGUUACAAUUUCUUUUGAAAAACCUUUUGUUUAUUAGCACCAAUUUCUUGCCACUAAGCUGUUUGUUUUAUUAUACAUCCUUUAAUUAAAAACUAUAUAUGUAACUUCUUAGAUAUUAGCAAAUGUCUCUGCUACCAUUUCCUUAAGGUGUUGAGCUUUAACUCUAUGCUGACUCAGUGAGACAGAGUAGGUAGUAUGGUUGUGGACCUAUUUGUUUUAACAUUGUAAAAUUUUGAGUCAGAUUUUAAUAUUGUAAAAUCUUGGGUCAAAUAAUUCAAAGCCUUAAUGCAGAUGCACUAAAACAAAGAAAUGGUAAAUGAAUUGUUUGCAUUUUAAAAAAACUCUUUAAGAAAACUGUACUAAAUCUGAAUCAUGUUUCAAGCUUGUUUGCAGUACUUUUAAACAUUAUUCACUACUGUUUUUGAAGUGAGAAAGUAUCAGCCAUUUAGAAUUUAAAUUGGGGUGUUUAGAGCCUGUAAAUCUAAAUGCUGGCUCAAAUUUGUUCCCCAGCUACUUCUUAUACCACUAUUCUUUUAAUGUUUGCAUAAUCAUAAGCACCUCAACACUUGAAUACAUAAUCUAAAAAUUAUAUAGUAAAGCUGGUAGCCUUGAAAAUGUCAAUGUGAUAUCUAUAUGUAGAUAAAUAUAUAUAGUGGCCUUUCAGGACUGUCACAGUAACACUUUAUUUACAGAGCUAAUGUUUGUCCUAAAUUUUCAGGACCCUAGAGGAGAGCUUUAUACAAUUACUGAUGUGAAUUUCUCUAAAGUGUAUAUUUUUGUGUCCAGUUAUAUUAUUUAAAAAAGUGUUACUUUGUAAAAAUUGUAUAUAAAGUACUGUAUAGUUUACACUGUUUUCAUCUUGUGUGUGGUUAUUGCUUAAUGCUUUUUAAACUUGGAACACUCACUAUGGUUAAAUAAGGUCUUAAAAGAAAUGUAAAUAUUCUGUUAAUAAAGUUAAAUAUUUUAAUGAUUUUUUUU